CGCGUGCGCUGUGUGCGUUCGCGUCCGGGUUGAGGCAUGAAUCGCAAAAUCUUGUUUUUAUCAAGUUGAACACGACCGAAAGUCACAAUUUAUCACACACUUUAUGUUUUGUUUUACUGAACUUUAAUGGAGCUGACAGUUUCCUGUAAUGUUUGGACCAAACCGACGACUAACUCUGUCUGUUUCAGUCUUGCAUAAACAAUAUAUAAUAAAGUACUUAGAACACAAUGCAAUUAAAUAUUCCAUAUGCAUAAGGUAUGCGCAUUUUAAGCUACUGUAAGAUAUCAAAAGACGCUUAAAAACUUCACAUGAGUUGCAGAAAUGUCACAAACCAGCUCUAAACGAGUGGGCGUGGCGCAGCUCACUCAGGUGAGAGGCAGGGGGAGGAAAUCUCAAACACAGGAAGCUGGGAAAGGUAGGCUGCUUUUUUUUUUUCUCGGCAUAAACGAAAACAAGACCACAAAGGCGGACAAAAAUGCCAGAGAGGGGAAGACACCAUGAGAGGAGUGAUGUGUAUGCAGAGUACAAGAGCAGGGACAGGGACUAUUCACACAAUGGAGGCCAUGCUUCAUAUGACAACAGGGGUCGCAACCAAAGGCCUAGAGACAUGGAUGAGAGGGGCUCUGCUGGUGACAGGAGGGCCAAACAAAACAGACAGAGGGACAUGACAACUGCCUCUCACACGGAGCCACCUGCUUACAGAGACAGUGACCCUGAAGGACCCUCAAGACUGUCCAGAGAUACUUCGUUGUAUCACUCUGAAGGGGAGCACUAUGAGCCACAACACAGACAAGCUCUUUACAAUCUCAGAUACAUCUUAACCAGCAGAGGUCUCUGCCAGCUCAUGGAGCUGUUUGUGAAUCUGCUUAUCGUCAUCUGUGCUGGAGUGCCAUACAGCAACAAUGGCGGUUACCGUGACCUGGCCAGCCUUGGUGGAGUCUACUACUAUCACUUUGGUGGAGCCAAUGCCUUCACUGGAGCCGAUGCAGACAGGGUGAAGGAGCUGGACCGACUGUUUCAUCAGCUCAAGCGACCUCCGUACGUCUUCACCAUGGCCUGUGGUGGGGUUUUAAUGAUCUACACCUGCAUCAUGCUUGGCCUGGGGAUUUUCAGAGUCCCUUACCGUUUUCCCCCUGUGCUGCUGGGUGAAGCUCUGCUGAAUUUCCUGAUUGGCCUGGGCUACAUCCCUGCGCUGGCCUUCUACUUUAUUAAGCUGCAGGAAACCUACAACAACCCCAUCUGUAAGGAGAGAGAGCAGAUGUACAAGAGCAAAGGGCACAAGGGCUUUGAGUGCCAGUUCCAUGGUGCAGAUAUCGCAGGAGGUCUCUUUGGGGUGCUGGGGGUGUUUGUUUUCAUCUUUGGUGCCGUGUUAGCCGUCAGAGCUUUCAGGUCAGUGCGGGAGCUAAAGAAGCAAAGGACAGACGAGGACAAUCAUUUGUAAGCUGAAUAAAAGUAGGAUUGAGUAGAAGUCCCUACAACAAGAAAACAUGGAAGAUUUUGUUAUAUUGGAUGCAAAUGUGUAUUCACUCGUGUUAAAUGUGAUCUGAAUUUUUAUUCUUUUUUUAUGGUUUGAAUACGUUUUUAAAGUUUAUUUUGUAUAGUGCUUUUUAUUCCUACCACUUUUCCAGUUUACAUACCUGUGUACAGUCUGUUACAUUUUUUUUAGAUAAAUGUGGUUAUAAUAAACAACUAAAACGAUAAA